AAACCAAGAAGAAAAUAUAGGUGUGCAAAAGAGCAGUUAUGAAGGGGAUGUAAGGGACUCUAUAUAAUAAGGGUGACUGGGUGUAGGAAACAGAUAGUUUGGACUAGAAAAGUUUUGAUUUGAGUUGAACAGUAAGAAGGUUGUACCAGGGUGUAAUGAUGAAAGUGAGCAUUUUAAUGUUAAGAUCAGUCAGCUGAUUUUGUAAUCUGUCUUGUCAUAACUGGCCAUAUUUUCUGCUAAAUUACCAGCAGAGAUAGUUUUAGUAGUAAUAUUCAGAUCUUUACAUAAACCUGCGAUAACAUAUGUUUUUUUGGCCACAAGUUGAGAACUUACACAUAUUGUCACCUUUUAAAGGCCCAGUGUGUAACAUUUAGAAAUGGAAUAUAAUAUUCAAAGGGAGCAGGUGAACUGCCAUGUCUCUAUAGUAACAAAGAAAGAACAAACACCGGAUUUAGAUAGGGUAUUUCGCAAUUUUGUUUCUCCACACGCUUGGAACAUGACGGUAAUGCGAGGGCAACUCCACCGCUAGAUGCCACAAAAUCCUAUACACUGGACCUUAAGUUGAUAUAGUGACCUUGUUAGCAAACAGUUGUGUAUUUACACACAACAUUUAUGGUGCAACAAUAUCAUUUAUUUGGAGUCAUGUUUCUGGCCAUCUGAUUAAGUCCAAUAUUCGCUCUGUUUUAGCUGUUUUUAGUCGCUACCAAAUCCACCCCUUACCAACUGUGUCUGUCUGCUGUGUAAUGGUGAGCAGCUAGUGUACAGUGGGCUUUUAGAGCUUUUCUUACUGAAAAGCAGGCUGAAAAUGAUACUUGUGUAAACUACAAUGGUAAAGUUGUGGGCUGGACAGCUAAACAAUGAGCUGAAAAUCACUGUAAAACUCUGUAAAGCAGAGGGGAGCUGCACUUUCAGGUGGUAAUCCUCUGUAGGUUCAUCACUACGUGUGACCCCUUUCACAUUGUUUUCACAUUGUCAUUUGAUACAUUGUUAUUAUAAAAAUAUCAAUUAUAGCUGCUUUAAGCACAUGUAGUAGAAAAAGUACAAUAUGGACAUUUUAAAUUGUAUUAAAACACUGUAUUAAAAUACAACACUUGGCAAAAUCUACUUACUUUCCACCACUACUAAGACAAAACAAUUAUUUAUUCUCAGGAUUUGGCUCCUGUUUUUGCAUUUUCAGGAUAACAUUGGAAAAAAACAGUAGUGCAACUUUAUCUCAUUUCCUUCCUGUCUUUAACUUUGGCAUUGUCCAGAUGGGUGUUGCUUCCUGAGUAUGGAGCCACAGGCUCUAAAUUCUCUAACUUUAUCCAGCCAACAUCAGAAGAAGAUCUACCGCACAAUGACUGUGUUUGUGCCAGUGAAAAUCAUGACAAUGAUUAUUUUGAUUUCAUUUAUUUUUUCAUUGUCUGUUAAGACAGGGUUUUGCCUAAAGCAGACUGGCACCUGCAGGUCUUUUUGUACUGAGAGUUACUGUAUAACUUUAAACCAAGACAGAGUGGAUUUUAAAACAGCCAAGGAAACAUGCCAUGACAGGAAUGGAGAGCUAGUGACAUUUCAGCCGGAGACAGAUGAGAGCUUCUUUGACUUUUGGAAGCUAGCAUUACGUGGAAACUUCUGGAUUGGACUUUAUUUACCUGCUGGUGCCUGCAGCAACGUUUCAAUUCCACUGAGAGGCUAUCACUGGACCUCUGGAAGUAAUCAGAGUUUUGUUCCAUCCUUCAGCACCUGGAAGGACAGCGAUCAAGUUUGCUCUCCACGCUGUGUGUCACUUUCAAACGAUCAAAAGUGGACAGAGAGGCUGUGCUCGGACAAAACUGACGGGUUUCUGUGCAAAUCAAAGCUCAAAGAUCCAUGCCAGGCAAAAUCUGAUCCAAAUGUUUUCCAAAGCUCUGAAGGCUGUUCAACUGCUCCCUGUGAGCAUACAUGCACAGAUGUAGAAGGAGGUUUUAAAUGCUCUUGUUACCGUGGUUAUAUCUCAGACAGCAAAAACCCUGUGCUCUGCAAACUGUACUGUGCAGAUCAGAAAUGCCCUGCAAUAUGUGACAGAAACACUGGCGAUAGCAUGAAGUCAUGCUUCUGUCCUGCUGGAUUUAUAUUUAAUGACAAUAUGUGUGAAGACAUUGAUGAAUGUUCGAGCGAUCAAUGUGAUCAAGAGUGUAAAAAUACUUUUGGAGGUUUUGUGUGCUCCUGCAGAGAAGGAUUUGUACUUGAAGAUCAAGUCAAAUGCAUCAAAGUCUCAACUCCUAUCGGCAUAGGCCUUGUUAAACCAACCGCCAAUAAUGAUACACUUAAGACUUCCUCUGCUCCUUUUAGUGGUUUUCUCUGGAUAUGGAUUUUCGCUGCCAUAGCCGUGGUAGUGUUUAUACUUGUGAUAAGGUUUUAUGUUGUUAAGCGUCAGAAAGGCAGAGAACAAAACUCCAGUCAACAGUCUUCUGCUCCUGUGGAUAACAUUGAGUGUUAAAUUCAGUCCAAAAAUGGUCCCAUUGGUCCCUUUGGCAUUUACCGUUUGGGAGACUAGUGAAGACUACUUGUCAGAUGGCUGCAGUAGGUAACUUCUCACAAUAAACAUGAUAAAAUACUGAUAUUAUUAAUAAAUAUAUAUACAUUUGAAAUGCACAGGGCUAUUUAUAGUAGUCAUUGCAUAUAAAUAUAAGCAGUAUUAUUGCAUCAUUAACAUAUAAGACAUAUUUGAAUGCAGGAGUCCCAGAUGAAGCUGAGAGUUCAUUUUGAAAUACUACUUGAUAGUUGAUAAAUCUUAACUGUUCUCAUUUUAUGAGCUUAAAAUGUGUUUCAUAUGUAAAUGCAAAGAGCAAAAAGUAAAACAAAUCCUCACAGAAAGUGCCAGCUCUUUAAAUUGUAACUUCCAUGCAUUACCUGAAUAAAUGUAUUAUGUUCUUUUCAACACUGACUUUUACUUCGUAAACAUUAAUGUUUGUGCAUGUGCAUUUAAUUGUUUGUAAAACUAUGAGUGAAGUGAAUGAUGAUUACAUUUUAUGGUCCUUUAUGUAAUGUGUCAUGAAAUAAAAUCUGAAUUCAUUGA